GCCCACAGCUGCCAUCGUAGGAGAACUGCUCCGCCGUCCUCCACUCCACCUUCUCCUCCACUACUUGAAUGUAUAUGCCAUCAGGCUCAGGUACACCACCAACAAAAAUGGUAGCAGCAGAUUCUGAACUUGGCGAGGUGGAGUCUCCACUGCAACCGGACCAACAGCAGAACAGGAACCAUCCCAUCUCAUCGCUUGGAAGACAAUCCUCCAUAUACUCUCUCACCCUCGACGAGUUCCAGCACACAUUAUGCGAAAGCAGCAGGAACUUUGGGGCCAUGAACAUGGAUGAGUUCCUCACCAGCAUCUGGAAUGCAGAGGAAAAUCAAGCCAUCAACUCCACCACCACCAACAAUCCCAACAACCAAGUCGUCAAUCAUGGCAAUUUGUCUUUAAAUGAGACCCCCAAUAACAAAGACAUAGCUAAGCAGCAUAGCUUGUCGAGGCAGGGGUCACUCACUCUUCCUGCUCCGCUGUGUAGGAAAACUGUGGAUGAAGUUUGGUCGGAGAUACACAGGGGGCAGCAAGGACAAGAGCAGGGUAGCAGUAGCAAUGUUCAGAAUCCUGAAAAUGCACAAAGGCAGCCUACAUUUGGGGAAAUGAAUUUGGAGGAUUUCUUGAUCAAGGCCGGGGUAGUAAGGGAACAAUGUUUGCCACCUGCACCGCCUUCACAGCAACAGCAGCCCCAUUAUUAUGAGUUGUAUCUAACUGCUAACAAUCCAGCCAUGGCUCAGAAUUUUGUUUCUAAUAGGCCCGUUAUGGGGAUGGGCAGUGGUGGUCCGUACCAGACAAUGCCUCCAGUUGGAAAGAUUGGGGAGUCAUCCGUAUUUGUUAAUAAUACUAAGAAAAGUGGUUAUCCACAAAUAAAUGCACCACCACCACCGCAGCCUGUUUGUUAUAAUGGGAGAUUGAGGAAUGGUGGCGCAUAUGGAGUACCAGGGCAGUCAAUGGGAAUGGUGCCACCAGUGAGUCCUGUGUCAUCGGAUAGUGUGUGUGCUGGUCAGGUCGAUGGCACAGCCAUGCAGUUUGGAAUGGUUAUGAAUGGACCAAGAGGAAGGAAGAGGAUUAUAGAUGGUACCGUAGAGAAGGUUGUUGAAAGGAGGCAAAGAAGGAUGAUUAAAAACAGAGAGUCUGCUGCAAGGUCUAGAGCCAGAAAACAGGCGUAUACAGUUGAGUUGGAAGCAGAAUUGAACCAACUGAAACAAGAGAAUACCCAUCUUAAGCAGGCUCUGGCUGACCUUGAGCAGAAAAAGAAGCAUCAGGUUUUGCUUCCUUUUGUUUUGCAGUGCUUUGAAGAAGGGAAAAUGAAAGCUCAAACCAAAUCUCAGAAAGCUAGAGAGAAACUGAGAGUAAUGAGAAGGAAUCUGAGUUGUCCUUUGUAAACCAUCAAGAAUGAAUCACGUAGCUGACUCUUAAACAGUACUAUUUUUAUUGAAUAAUUAAUCAGAUGUAGAAAGUUCAGAAAAUGUUUUAACACAUGCAUGCAAUUUGGGCAUAAUGUUUGUUCUUGUGGUUGAGGUGAGAAAACAUUUUCAUGUGUAAACUGUAUGUAAAACAAACUCUAGUUAACUUU